CUAACUAGUAUUCACUUUUGCAUACCACUGAUUGUUUUCUUUUUAAAAUAAAGACAACCAGCACGUAAAGAAGAUUAGUGGUUCUACGAUACAAUCAGUCUGCUACUCUUCCACUAAUUUAACCAUAUCUAUUCGAGUGGAAUCUGUUCAUUUUAAAUUUUCUUUCGUUAUCUACAACAAAAGAAAGACAACAAUUUAGUAAUACCAAUUUAAUUCAUUAAAAAUCAUGACAUCAAUUCAAAAUAGAACUUUUGAAUUCCAACAAUGCGUCUCAUCAUUUGCGAAACUUAAUAAGAAGCAAGCACCAUCACAACAAAACGGUGGCAAUAAGACAGUUCCAAAGUCCCAAUUUUCCAUUCAAGCAGGUAUAAUUGCUAAGGAUAUUGCCCAUACAACUGAUCUUUUAUCAAAGUUAGCAUUAUUGGCCAAGAGAAAGCCCCUUUUUGACGACAAACCAAUUGAAAUUGGUGAACUUACAUAUGUUAUCAAACAAGAUAUAUUUAAAAUUGAAGAAAAUAUUAAAAAUCUUCAAAGAUUUGUUAAGGGAGAUCAUUCAAUUCAAGUUGAUUCACAAAUUACUCAAUAUUCUAAGAAUGUUUUAAAUUUACUUAAUUCUAAAAUGAAAAAUAUCUCUGGAGAAUUUAAAACAGUUUUAGAAACAAGACAAAAAAAUGAACUUUUGAAUAAAAAUAGAACCCAACAGUUCUUAUCUGCCACCACACAUCGUUCCCAAUCCCCACAGGCUGCAAUGGGACUUGGUGAAAAUCCAUACGCUGCCUCAAUGGCAGCAAGCUCAUAUAACCCUGCUAUGGAUGGUCAACUUAAUAAUAAUAACAAUAAUAAUCCAUAUGAAGAAUACCUUUCUAUACCGGAUCAAACCAGUCAACUUCUUCUCAUGGAAGAACAAAAUGGUAAUCAAUAUCUUCAAGAACGUAAUAGAGCCGUGGAAACUAUAGAGUCUACAAUCAAUGAGGUUGGUAAUCUUUUCCAACAACUUGCCACUAUGGUGAGUGAACAAGGGGAAGUCAUUCAAAGAAUAGAUCUGAAUGUUGAAGAUAUUAAUCUUAAUAUUUCUGGUGCUCAAAGAGAACUUCUUAAGUAUUAUAAUCAUAUUUCAAGCAAUCGUAUGCUUUUUUUGAAGAUUUUCGGAGUUCUCAUUGUAUUUUUCAUGCUUUGGGUGUUAGUUAGUUAGUUGGGUAAUACAACAUUGAUAGGUCAUUGAAGUAAAUAAAUUGAAGUUAAAAGCAGA